AUCCCACCCUGGGGAGCUACAAAGUCUUAGAAGCUCAAGAUGAUUUGCGCUUGUUGCUGGAAAGACCCCGAAGAGCCACAUCACCGCGAUUGCAAGAGUCUGACCGCCUCUGUGGACGCCGGGUGUUACAUUUGCAACCGACUCUGGGCUACUCUGGGUAUGGAUGAGCGACAAGACAUCAGGCAAUUGAGCGCCGAACCGACGAAACAAGAGUCUACAGAAGAAAUCGAGCCACCCCUCACGCCCGGGUACUUAACCAACGGAGCACAGUUUGCUUAUCCCUACGCUUAUAUGCUACACGUCGCUCUCGACUACAGUAAGGCGUCUCGAGUCAAGAAAAGUCCGUCGAAAGGGUUCGCGCGGGCUGACAUUCUUCUUCUUCCGCAAGAAUUCAGAUCCUAUUCCUGUAGCACUAGGUCCGACGAUACUUUCCUUGUUGCGCAGAGAUGGAUUUCGGAAUGCUUAGCUGAACACUCAAACUGUGGUGCCAAACCGCACUUAUCCGCGACAGCACAGUGGUACCCUACUCGUCUCCUUGAUACCGGACCGCUGGAGGAGAAAAGCUCUCGUUGUCGACUCAUCCUCCCGAACAUCACGCCUAUCAAAGGUUCCUAUGCAACACUAAGUCAUUGUUGGGGCGUUGCUGAAUCCUUCAAUCUGACGACAGACAACUACACUCGACUGCUUCAAGAUAUACCGCUCGAUACGUUGCCCCAGUUAUACCAGGAUACUGUUGAGGCUACUCGACGUCUGGGCGUCCGAUAUCUUUGGAUAGACUCGCUCUGCAUCAUCCAACGGGGCGACAAGUUCGCCGACUGGAGAAAGGAGUCAACGGAUAUGAAUAAGAUAUACUCGGGGUCCUUUGUCAACAUAUCAGCGACCGAUGCGCCAGACGCAAAUCACUCUCUUUUCCAUGGUAGCAAUCCGGAUGCCUUUUGUUCACAGACGAUAGACCUUCCCGUCGACUAUAAGGAUACACGAGCCUGGGUUCUUCAGGAAAGACUGCUAUCGCCAAGAUGCCAGCAGAAGGAGGAUGCCGAGAUUUAUCCUGAAGGCUUGCUAAUCGACCUAUCCAGAUUUCCCAGUCGGAUCAAGGGUUUUGGCAACAACCAGAUCGGCUGGAAGCCUCGGGGUCACGGCGAAGUCUCAAAGUAUCAAUACUGGUGCAACAUUGUGAAUGCCUACACCAGAGCUAAACUUACCUUCCCUGGUGACAAGCUGGUGGCCCUUUCAGCUGUUGCGAAGAUGGUCAGGGAGUUGCUUCAAGAUCAGCGGGAACUGAUGCCGUCAGCCUAUCGGGCCCCAACUAUUAUGGAUCCCGAAGCGGUAGAGAUGUUGAUCGAGGUGCAGGAUCUACAUCUUGACUACGUUACGAGCGAUACAACGGGCCUGAUCAGCGGCGGGUGGCUACGGCUCUGGGGAGUCCUCAAGAAGCUCGAGCUCCUGCCCGAUGCCUCACUCAGCCAUUAUAGCAACAGUCGUCAUUCCUUGAUGAUGGUCGUCAACGAAAUUUCAGUUAGUGUUCGCGCAGACUCGGCUAUGAUGGAGUAUCAGCCCCAUGUCUAUUUUGAUGACAGCCAGCAGUGGGCUAGCAUUCAGAAUCAUCGGCCGGAACUGUUCUAUAGGAAAGAGGGCAUCUUUCGGCGCAUUGGGAUCGCCCGCGGUUGGGGCAAGGAGUUGAGGGAGAGCUUGUUCGCCCGCAAUGCAGAAGAGAGGACCAUGCCAUGCGUUAAAUACGAAGAAGGUCGACACCUGGUGCGGAUUAUUUAG